UAAAAAACCCUGCUCAGAAUAAAGUUUUCUUCUUUCUACAAAACAGUCGUUCGCUAAUAAGAUUCUUAGGUUUCGACUAGUUGAUUCACAAUGAUUGCUUCUCUCAUACUCCCAAGAGCCUUGAAAAAGCUUGUAAGAGGCUAAAAUUGAUGUCUAAAUUGUAUGGGGCUAUCAACGACCUCUGGUUGAGAACGAAGUAUCAAGCAAACCUCUCAAGACUACUAGCAUGUCACGAGUGUACGAUACAAUAGAGCCGGCCGUCAUCGAUGACGUCAUGUUGAUGAUGGCGAUCAAAGAACAAGGACCCAAAAAUCAAGCUGGAAAAAUUGCAGACCAGGAAGGAAUUGAUUACAAAGACGUCAUAAACUUGAGGCUCGACUUUCGAAACAUUUUGCAGAUCGAAAAUCUCUGGAGUUUCUCAAGUCUAACAAGACUGUCGUUGGACAACAAUAUUAUUGAGCGUAUUGACGGCUUGGACAGUUUAGUGCAUUUGGUGUGGCUUGACCUCUCUUUCAACAAUAUAGAAAAGAUAGAUGGGCUGAGCAGUCUGAAAAAACUGCAGGAUUUGACUCUCUGCAGCAACAGGAUCUCAAAAAUAGAGAAGCUUGACUCACUCGAACAACUGCAAGUGCUCUCUUUGGGCUGCAAUUUUUUGUCGAACUUGAAUGAUCUGGUGUAUUUACGACAGUUCAAACAUCUGCAGAGUGUGAAUCUAUCGCAGAACCCAUUCUGUCAGAAGGAAGACGAGUACAAAGCGUUCACAAUCGCCUACUUACCCAACCUGGUCUACCUCGACUUCCGCAUGAUCGACCCUGAAUCGCGAGCUGCAGCCAAGGAGAAGUACUUCAUGGAUCUGGGACAGCUGGAGGAGGAGGAGGUGAUAAGUCAGCGCAAGAAGUCCGAGGAGAAGAAGAACGUGGAAGCGCUGGAACAGCACACUCUGGCUUACGUGGAGAAUCUCGACGGGAAUCCACUGUACCUGGAAAUGUACGACGAAGACUCGGAUGGGAAGAAGCUGAACAAGCUUCCAAAUAUGGAAGAGGACAUCCUCCCUGUUUUCGAAGAGAAGUUCUCUGAUGUGUGCAUGAAAAUCUUCGAGUACGGGAUGGAAGCGGCUGAGAUCAGGAAGUCGGAAGUUGACACUUUUUUCACAUGCAUCGAAGAGGCCAAGGCAGCAAACAGGGCCAAGUCGGCUGAUGCUGUGGAACAAUUCACAAACUACAAACUGGACGUGUUCGCCAUGAUAACUACCACGAAAGAGCAAUCUCAUGUGGACUCCUUGGUUUCCAAGUUUAAUGAAGAGAUCCAGGCGCUGUGGGACAACUUGAUGACGCUGGAGCUGCAGCUGGUGGACCAACUUGAGGACACCAUCAAAGAGUUCGAGAGAAACUUGGCCGAUCUGGUGUCAGGCUUUCUGGAGAAAAUCCAGGCGCGCUUUGUCCAGCUGAGAGAACUGGAGAACACGCAUAGUGAGAAGCUGCUGGAGAUCUCCAUCAACAUGUUGGAGAAGAUUCUGAAGAGCGAAGUAGAUGCGGACCAAAUCACGGACGACUUGCGAGAACUGUUUGUGGACAAAGACAGUGUGACGAAUGCAGUGAGUGCGUCACACGACAGACACCUGUACGUGAUCGACGCCAGAGAAGACAGAAUUGUGAGUCGCAUCAACAGCUGGAUGACUGGACUGAUAGACCAGGUGCACGCCAAGGAGGAGAUCGAGAGGAACCGGAACAGAGUGGUGGAAAUAAACCACCUCUGCGACAACCUCAGAGAUGAAAUGGAGGACCUAGACAUUGUGGCUGUAUAAACACUAGAACACUGUCUGUCCCCAACUUAAGACCACAACCAAUAAGACGACAGUUUUUUCAAACACACCUUCAAAUGACAAUCAAAUGCUUGCAAUCAUAAAAAUUGUUUUCGCCGCUCACUUUUUGUUCAAGUUUUUAUUCCCAGAAGUUUUGAAUAAGAAUCGAAUAAUUAGAGGGAUAUAAACUGAUGUAUUUCUUUGCCUGAAUGCUCUGAAUGAUUUAAUGUCGUCCUAAUGUCUUAGUUUAGAUAGCAGCUGUUUAAAAAACUUACCAGCUAGUUUAAUAAACAAACACGGUGUAAACAAGCAUGGCUAAAAAAUUAGACGACAAAGCUUUUGAAAAUGUUUAUGGAAAAAUGAGACGGUGAAAAACGGUGUUCAGAAACAAAGUUUUAAUCAGCGUCUUGGUUUUCACAGUUUGCAUGACUAGAUGUGAAUAAAAGUUAAGCAGAGAGGAAGCUAAAACCACACAAGUGGUCGCCUCCUCGAUAACUUGUCGUCUUGUUGUCCCGUUGUUUUAUGUAGCCAGCAUAAAACAAAGUAGCCAAGCAAUAAAGUAGGAGCAUUAGCGCUAUUUGACUUUCCACGUUUUCUGCAGUAAAAGUUGUCCCAAGAGUUUAAUUAGACAAAAAAUGUUUUAUUCAUGCACAGAUUCCGUACUCGUGCACAAAAAUUUGACUCCUACUUUAAUGCUGACGAAAUCAGGUCAUAACAAUUUAGAAUUAAUUUUUUUAUUGUACAAAACCAACUCCAGUUUAGUUGCAUAAAUUCUGACGCAAUGAAUUUUUUUUAAUUUACUUCUUCCUUCUA